GUGUUCUCUCAUAUUGAACGUGGCGGUGACCAAGUGAACAGAUCGGAGAUAUGGCUAAUGCAAGGGUCAUGAGGGCCUUCUUGGUCCUCUUGCUGACAACGCUGACGAAGGCUGAGCUGACGCAGUUGGUCAUUGGCGAUGAAAUUAUCGUUUCCUAUAACGGCCACGAGGUCUUCCAUCACACGCGGGAGAACCCAGUCAUCACCUUGGGCGUGGGAAAAACCAACUACACUGAGAACCUCGGUAUGUUCGACAUCCAGGAGGAAAUUCUCGAGGUCGUCCCCAUCGAUCGGCUCGUUAGGGCUUCGAACAGGACUGGAAGUGUUCGAAUCACGUUGGGUUCCUAUGUUGACCCUGACGUCGAGAUCCGCCUGACCGCUGACGUAUAUGAAAGUAGCUACCUCGGCAUGUUUAACAAUCUCAUGACAGAAAGUCCUUAUAACCGCGUGUGGCUUAGGCUUUCUGCUGACGAGGACGAGAAGGUUUAUGGCGGCGGCGAGCAAUACUCGUAUUUGAACCUCCGUGGUCGGCAUUUUCCCAUCUGGACGAGUGAACAAGGUAUCGGUCGAGAUGGAGGCAUAAUCUCCAACGUCACCGACAUCGGAGGCGGUGCGGGCGGAGAGUACUACACCACGUACUGGCCUGAGCCUUCGUUCGUCUCCUCGAAGCGCUAUUCCGUGGUCUUCAGCCGCUACGAUUACAUGGUCAUGAACUUCAGCCAGACAAACAUCCACGAGUUCUACGUCCACAGUGAUUCGUUCAUGCUCAGAAUGUACGUCAAUGACACGAUGAUGAACCUCAUACCGAGCAAGGCUCAUCCGUCUCCGCUACCCGACUGGAUCAUCACCGGGACUGUCCUGAGCCUGCAAAGAGGGACACAGGAGGUCCUGGACUACUACGAGCUGGCCAAGGGCGCGGGCGUGAACGUGAGCGCCCUCUGGAUCCAGGACUGGUCCGGCACGACGGAGACCCUCUUCGGCCACCGCGUCUACUGGAACUGGCAGUGGAACCAGACCUACUACGCUGGACUGGACGAAAUGAUCACGAGCCUCGGCCAGGAAGGCGUGGGCGUGAUGGCCUACAUCAACCCACACCUCAUUGAAGGCGGCGAACUUUACGAGGAAGCCGAUGGUCUAGGAUUCCUCAUGGUUGACAGCGAAGGCCAGUCUUACAAGCAGGACUUCGGUGGUUUUAUGGCUGGAACCGUCGAUUUGGUGAAUGACGAGGCUACUCUUUGGUAUGCGAGUAAGUGGAUCGCACUGCGUCUCUCGGAGAAGGAGGGUCAAAUCGUGCCCUUCAUGAGGUCAGGAGGUCGAGGGUCAGCUCCGAGUACGUACUUAGCUUGGGCGGGAGAUCAGAACGUCGAUUGGUCGCUGGGAGACGGAGUGGCAUCAACCAUCGUGGCCGCUCUGAACCUGGGCCUGAGCGGGAUGUGCGUGACCCACUUCGACAUCGGCGGCUACACCACGCAGCCGCCCGUCCUGCAGAGGACCAAGGAGCUGUUCCUGCGGUCGGCGGAGUACGCGGUCUUCACGCCCGUCAUGAGGACGCAUGAGGGCAACAAACCGGAAGCAAACCACCAGUUUUACAGCGACGAAGAUACCCUCACCCAGUUCGCCAGACUCACGCAGAUGCACGCGCGUCUCGCACCUUACACGCGGACCCUGGUCGAUGCUUGCUUUGAUGAGAGCAUCCCCGCUCAAGCCCCACUAUUCCUGUACUUCGAGGAUGACCUUGGAUCGUGGGACGUCGAGUACCAGUACAUGUACGGCCCUGACCUUCUGGUGGCUCCCGUCAUUCACAAGGGACAGGACUCCCAGACGGUGUAUCUCCCCGGCGGAGGAGGAGGAGCCUCGUGGCAGCACUUGUGGGAGGGGCUUAUCGUGUCAGGACCCGCCGAGGUGGAGGUGGCCACGCCCCUGGGCUAUCCGGCCGUCUUCUACCGCCGGGACUCCGAGUGGGCGCCGCUCUUCGAGGAAAUUGCGGCUGAGUUCGGGGGGGGGUUUGUGCCGGCGGUUUGAGGGGCG